AUGUCUGCUUCGUUGCCCCUCCACGUUCUUACACGGCGGGGUGCCGCGUCAAUUCGGUCGAAAGCUCCCAGAAGAGUGCCCAGGGCUUCAUAUUCCUCCAUAAUUACACCUCAAUUACGAUAUACUGCUACGACAUAUUCCCCCAUUGCUCGAUCGAUCCCUCGCGCAUUUAGCACUACUCGUCCGAGAUACCUCGCAAGCGCCGAGGAUGACUUCGACCCUAAAACCAUCGAGCGGGAGAGUGACGAGGUGGAUGUCUGUAUUGUUGGUGGAGGCCCUGCUGGUUUAAGUGCUGCAAUACGUCUAAAACAACUUGCCAAUGAGAAUGGAAAUGAAGACUUUAGGGUAUUAUUGCUAGAAAAGGCUGGUGAAAUUGGUGCGCAUAUCUUGUCCGGAGCUGUUAUAAACCCAGUUGCGGUUAAGGAACUAUUUCCCGACUGGCUCGAUGAGGCGAAUGAAAAUCGAUUCGAGCAUGCGACGCCCGCGGCAGGAGACAAGAUGAGAUUCCUGACUAAGACCAGCGCAAUUCCUUUACCGGCCCCGCCGCAGAUGCACAACCAUGGCAAUUACAUCGUCAGUUUAAAUCAAUUUACAAAAUGGCUUGGAGACAGGGCAGAGGAAAUUGGCGUCGAGGUUUACCCCGGGUUCGCUGCAUCCGAGGUGCUUUAUAAGCCCGAUGGGUCGGUUCUUGGUGUUGCGACAAACGACUUAGGCAUAGGCCGGGAUGGAAAACCAAAAGAUAGCUUCGAAAGAGGCAUGGAGUUCCAUGCCCGGGUUACUCUGUUUGCAGAGGGAUGUCAUGGAAGUUUAACUAAGCAAGUUAUCAAAAAGUUCGAUCUGAGGAGGGAUAGCCAACACCAAACUUAUGGUUUAGGAGUAAAGGAGGUCUGGGAGAUACAACCAGAGAAGUUCCACAAAGGCGAGAUUACCCAUUCUAUGGGUUAUCCCCUCUCCUUGGAUACGUACGGCGGCGGGUGGAUGUAUCAUUUUGGGGAUAACCUGGUUAGCAUCGGACUUGUUGUCGCCUUAGAUUAUAAGAAUCCCUGGCUAUCACCGUAUGGUGAAUUCCAAAAGAUGAAGCAGCACCCUCUAUAUAAGUCUGUCUUAGAGGGUGGAAAGUGCAUAUCCUACGGUGCGAGAGCCCUUAGUGAGGGUGGAUUUCAAUCAAUUCCUAAGGUCGCAUUCCCCGGAGGUGCCUUGAUUGGCGACUCUGCUGGCUUCGUCAAUGUACCUCAAGUUAAAGGCACCCACAACGCUAUGAGAACUGGUAUGUUAGCUGCAGAUGCAGCUUGGAAUGCAUUGGCAGAAGGAAGCGAGGAAUCUGUUUUCUUGUACCACUACGAAGAUUCUCUCCGGAAAUCCAGUGUCUGGAAGGAGUUGAAAGAAGUUCGAAAUAUGCGACCCUCGUUUCAAACCCCCUUGGGCACCGUCGGUGGUGUUAUGUACUCUGGCAUAGAGGCUUUCGUUCUUAAGGGUCGCGUUCCUUGGACCCUGAAGCAUCGGCAUACCGAUUACGGCGCCACUAAGGAUGCGGAUUCGUAUCCGAAGAUCGAAUAUCCUAAGCCGGAUGGAAAGAUUUCAUUUGAUAUACUGACGAGUGUCUCACGGACAGGGACAAAUCACGAGGAAGACCAACCUGUUCAUCUCCAAGUUAAGGACUGGGAUGCACAUACCCAGGAGACGUGGCCUACAUAUAAAGGCUUGGAGAAUCGCUUCUGUCCUGCUGGCGUCUACGAAUAUGUUGAAGAUGACUCGAAGCCACUGGGUGUGAGGUUCCAGAUUAACGCCCAGAAUUGUAUUCACUGCAAGACGUGCGAUAUCAAGGCGCCUCACCAGGACAUUAACUGGGCCGUGCCCCAAGGUGGCGAAGGGCCGAAGUACUAUAUGACAUAA